AUGAUCCUGAAUUUCGAUCAUGCCACAGGUCGGGUUGUUGCACUCAUUGGUUCUCUUUUCGUCUCUUUAGUUGCAGGCACCCCUUAUCUAUAUGGAGUGUACUCCCCUCAACUAGUCAAACACAUAAACUUGUCCACCUCUGACGCUGCUACAAUUUCAUUGGCUGUAACCAUCGGAAGUGGUCUUGGUGGGUUACCUGCGGGAUUGUUCAUUGAUCGAUACGGAGCACAAAAAUCUAUUGCUCUAGGUUCACUAUCAAUAUUUUGUGGUUACUUCGCAUUGAACAGAAUUUACAAAUACCGCAUACACAGCCUUUUUUUGGUGUGCCUAGCAAUGACAUUCAUAGGGUAUGGUUCCGUGAAGAGUUUCUUUGCAGGCUUAAAGGCCGCACAAUCCAAUUUUCCGAAUCAUCGUGGAGCAGCUGGGGCUUUGCCUGUGGGAGCGUACGGGUUAGCCGCAACAUUAUUCUCUUUCAUAGCAGCCAAAUUCUUCCAAGACAACACGGAGAAACUCCUUCUCUUUUUGGCAAUAUUCUGUGGCUCUAUUGCUUUUGCUGGAGCGUGGUUUGUUCAUGUCUAUGAUGAAAUCCCUAGAUAUGACGAAGAAGGUUAUCUGAUUAUAGAUGGAGAGCCAGAUAGGCAACUGUUGAGAAGGAGCAAUUCUUUGCACGGAUCAUUAUCAUUUUGGGGCAUCGGCAGACGUCUUUCACGGUCUUCUACUGAGCUGCUGUCUACAUUUGCUGUUGCUGCUCCGAUACUUAAACCUGGUAGAGACCAAGCACAGGGACUCAAUCCCACGCCUUCCCAAGCUUCAGGAAUACUCAAUGUCACUCUAAGGGAACCGGUUAUGACUCCUAAAGCCACUAACAUGGAGAGUGGGAUACUGCAAAGUUCACAGAUUUCAGUCUCAAGUGAACAAGUAGGAGCAAUGGCUGCGAUCAGAUCAUUCCUUACGAACAGGGCUUACCUCACACAUUAUGUCAUUGUUUCCCUCUGCAGUGGAAUUGGUCAAAUGUACAUCUAUACUGUAGGAUUUGUCAUCACUGCACAAUUUUACCGACAUGAUCUAAAAGGGUCUCCUCAAGCAUUCCAGGCGAUACAGGUCUCCGUGAUAUCUAUUUCAUCAUUCGCUGGGCGCGUCGUUGCAGGACUACUGUCUGACUUUAUUCACAAACGAUUGAAGGCACAAAGACUGUGGGUCAUCAUUGUAACAAUUUGCAUAUUAGGUUUGGGUCAAUAUUUGCUCAUCAAUACCAACAAUAUGACCACCGUUACAGUUGUCUCCGUUUUGAUGGGAACGGGGUAUGGACUCUUGAAUGGGACUUACCCAUCCAUUAUUGCUGAUUCUUUUGGUACCAAAAAUUUUACAACAGCUUGGGGUCUAAUUUGUUCGGGACCGCUCGUUGUUUUGUUUACCUUGGAAAAAUAUUUCGGUUUCAUCUUUGAUCUGCGGGCAGACGAGACGGGAAAAUGCACCAUCGGUAACGAAUGUUACAAGGGUGCUUUCGAGGCGAGCGGUAUCUUAUGCGUUGUCGCUCUCACUAUCACAAGUUCAUUGAUGUACAUUGAACAUAAAAAUUCAAAUUAA